AUGACUGUGGAAGACUACCACAAGGAGAUGGAGAUAGCCUUGAUUCAGGCUAACAUUGAGGAGGACCGAGAGGCGACCAUGGCUUGGUUCAUUUGUGGCCUGAACCGUGAGAUUACCAAUAUUGUUGAGCUGCAUCACUAUGUGGAGCUUGACGAUGUGUUACACAUGGCAAUGAAAGUUGAAAGACAACUCAAGAAAGGAGUGCUAUCAUCUUCCAAGUAUGAGGCUACGAGUUCAUCCCCUUGGAAGCAGAAGUGGGCAUCAUCAAAACCAACUGAGAAAGCAGUUUCAAAAUCAAAGGGAGAGAGAAAUGUGGGCAAGACACAACCUAGCAACAAAGAUAGGGGUAACUCAUCUUCCCAACCUCAAAGAAAUCGUGACAUCAAAUGUUUUCGUUGUUUAGGAUCAGGUCAUAUUGCUUCUCAAUGCCCAAACAAGCGAUCAAUGAUCAUAUUGGAUAAUGGGGAAAUCGAAACUGAAGAGGAAGAUGAAGGAAAUGAGUCCACUCCAUCAGUUGAAGAUACUAGUGAUGUUGAGCUUGCUGUUGAUGGCCAACCUCUUGUUGUGCUAAGAGCUCUCCAUAUGCAAGCCAAAGAAGAUGAUGACGGGCUGCAAAGGGAGAACAUCUUCUACACCCACUGCCAUGUGAAAGAUCAGGUAUGCGGUUUGAUUAUUGAUGGUGGCAGCUGUGUUAAUGUGGCAAGCAAGUUAAUGGUGGACAAGCUUGGUCUACCUACCUUGAAGCAUCCAAAGUCAUAUAAACUCCAAUGGCUCAAUGACAGUGGAGAAAUGAAGGUAACCAAGCAGGUCCUUAUUUCAUUUAUGAUUGGAAGGUACACGAAUGAGGUUAUGUGUGAUGUUGUACCCAUGCAAGCUAGCCAUUUGCUUCUUGGAAGACCGUGGCAAUUUGAUAGACGGACCACACAUGAUGGGUAUAAGAACCGCUACAGCUUCAGCAAGGAUGGUAGGAAUAUUACACUUGCACCUUUGACACCUCGUCAAGAUUUUAAGGAUGUCUUUUCCGAGGAUACGCCACCUGGGUUACCACCCAAAAGAGGAAUCGAGCAUCAAAUUGAUCUCAUUCCGGGAGCUUCCAUUCCAAACCGACCAACUUAUCGAAGUAGUCCAGAAGAGACCAAAGAGCUUCAAAGGCAAGUCGAAGAACUUAUGACCAAAGGACAUGUUCGUGAAAGCAUGAGUCCCUAUGCUGUGCUUGUGCUGCUAGUUCCAAAGAAAGACGGGACUUGGAGGAUGUGCAUGGAUUGUCGAGCUGUAAAGAUGAUAACGGUAAAGUAUCGUCACCCUAUUCCUCGCUUAGAUGACAUGCUUGAUGAAUUACAUGGAUCCACUAUAUUUUCUAAGAUUGAUUUGAAGAGUGGGUAUCAUCAAAUUCGAAUUAAGGAAGGAGAUGAGUGGAAAACAGCUUUUAAGACAAAACAGGGGCUAUAUGAAUGGUUAGUGAUGCCAUUUGGAUUGACGAAUGCUCCUAGCACAUUUAUGCGUCUCAUGAACCAUGUGCUACGUGCAUUUAUUGGAAAAUUUGUUGUUGUUUAUUUUGAUGACAUUCUGAUCUAUAGCAAGAGUUUGCAUGACCAUAUUGAUAAUUUGAAAUGUGUGCUUGAAGCUUUGAGGCGUGAAAAAUUAUUUGCUAACCUUAAGAAAUACAACUUUUGCGUAGAUAGGGUUGUUUUCCUUGGAUUUGUUGUUAGUUCCAGAGGUGUGGAAGUUGAUGAGGAGAUGGUGAAAGCUAUCAGAGAAUGGCCUACCCCUAGCACCAUCACUGAACACCAUCGCUGCCCCUUUAACGGAAAUCAUCAAGAAGAAUAUUGGAUUUAA